AUGGGAACAUAUUUACCAUUAACUGUUGAUGAACAAGUUUUUUAUUCUGAUAAACGUUAUUAUGUUUCAUCAUAUUCAACAUCAGAAGAUAAUUCAUAUUGGAAUUUAGAAAUUUCAAAUUUACAAAUAGCUGAUGAAGGUAUAUAUGAAUGUAAAAUAUCGAAUCGUCAUGCAAGUGUAUCCAUUAAAAUUCAUUUACAAGUACAAAUACCUAUGACAAUAAAACCUGCCCGUUUAUAUGUUGAACCAGGUUCAUCAGUUGUAUUAGAUUGUUCAAUUUAUAAUAUUAAUACAACAAAUCUAACAUGGCAUUUUUCAAGUUUAAAUCAAACAUUUAAAUAUAGUUAUCCUGAUACAUAUGAAAAACAUCAAUAUAAACAAAAUAUAACAACAUUAAAAUUAAUUAUUCCUCAUGCUAAACCAUAUCAUACUGGUUUAUAUACAUGUGUAUAUGAUAAAAGACAAAGAAGAAGUGCGAAACUUUUUGUUGAAAAAGGUUUGUUGACAUAA